CCGUUCAUCAUCAACACGCUAGGUACCUAAAACUUUACAUUGAUACUGGGAUCCAUCAACAUUUUAUUCGAGGUCGACAAAGAUUGAGAUAAGCGCCCGAGCUAACUGCCUCGGUCUCUAUUCGGCCCAACGUAUCCUAUCCACCCUCCCCUUGUCUUCUUCUUGCGAGGUCAUCAUCUCCCUACCUACCCAACGCAUGGCAAAAUAAGGCAGAUUGAAGAAGGCAAGGCAGCUCGACGAGCAGAACCCCUAUCGACAGGCAGCACAGACAAUAUAAAGAGCCAAGCGCGUCAGAGAAGUCUUGGUGACCUGCCUGCACCAACCUAGGUCAGCCCAGCCCACUGGGCCAGCACACCCAACGAGUUUCAGGCGCCAUUUCGACAGGGAAGAAAGACGGCAAAAAGGAACUUAGCGAGACAGCAUCUGCUACCUGCUCCUCCUUUGAGACCAUUCCCCCCUCUCUCUCGGUCUCUUCCCCUCAAGACGCUGCCCCAACGCCAUCUUUGGAUCCUUGGCAAAAGCAACCCAGCACCUAGCCGCCAAACCAAGACCUUGGGACCGGCCGGGCAGGCCACUGGGAUUGGAUUGGGUUGAAUCCAGAGGGGGACUGGGACGGGACUCGACUUCCUCUUUGCAGAAUCUGACCGACUGAACUUUCUCACCACCACACCAACUUGGUUGACUCUCGUGCCUUUCUCUCCCUCUCUCUUUCACACAACAACACACCUGCACACAUAUCGUCCCUCUUCCGCCGCGACACAGAAACGCACCACUUCGCAUCCACCAGACUACCCCGGACGCUGUGCUACUACUACCUCACCACUGCUGCUGGUACUGCACCUUUCGACGACGCCUCGACCAGCCUUACUUCCGUUCCCUACCUUGCCUACCUAGGUAACCAAACAACACCACAACACAACACACAAAGUCUCACUCGUCAUCUCUACUGUUUGGUCUUCGCCUGCUCUGCUCGAUCGCUUGCUGCCUCCAUACAUAUUAGCCACCUCAUUCCAUUGAUUGAAUUUUCGUCUUUCGUCUUGCCUUUUCCCGCAAAGGGUCGCACUUGCAAGCCACAGGUAUCUAUCUCUGUUCAUCAAUUGAGUGCACGCCGAAUGCCUCAAUAGCUCCAUUCCAUCCGCCCCGGUCGAUCGAGUAGUACCCAUUUUCUCUCCCUCUCGCUUUGCCCCAGCGCACCCACCGCCCGCGAGCCACGUAUACGUCACUCGCCCGCUUGUUCGCCUACAGAACUCCUCUCUAGCCAUCGAUCAGAGGCAAUCGCCUUAACACGCCCAAAACGGACGACUCAAGUGGGCGCCGCUCUCCCUCCCGCAUCCGCUUCCUGUCCAUCCUCGACCGCCUCUUCCAUCCUCCCUAAGACUUGCAUUGCAAAACAUCACUUUUUUUUCAAUUCCCAUCUCGAGUCCCUGCCAAACCCGCGCUGUUGCGGUGAGACUUGUAGGCUAGCCCAUACAUCAGACGAAAGACGAGGCCAGCCCACGAGCACAACCCAGCCGACAAAAUACCAGCCACGGCCGACCGCUCGCUUCUUUUGCAUCCGCGCGAGAGCUACACAUCAUGGGAAACCAGCCAUCCAAAGAGGGCGGCCACGCGACUGGCAAAGGCACCGGCGGUGACGGCACCGCCGAAAACCUCAAGUCGUACCCUUCCUUUGGCAGGUCCGACACGAAGGACUCGUCGCGCUCGUUCAAGGCUCUUCGAUCCAAGAUUCCCGGCUCCAGCAAGACCGACAGCCCGAGAAACUCUGUCAUCACAUCCCCUACCGACGAAAAAUCCGACGCCGCGUCAGUCAAGUCGGGGAAAAGCGCAAAAUCCGGUGUCUCCCGAGGCCGCAAUGACUCCGCCCCUUCGCCGACGUCGCCCUCGGGUGAUGUUGAAUCCCCGCUCGAUGACUCUCAGCCGCCGCCGUCCCCCACGCAGUCCAGCACCAUCAAGAGCGGGAUUCACGACGUGAGUGCCGCGCAGGCCUCGGGCGAGGUUGACCACGUCUCUGACCAGCCCCCAUGUGCGGGGGGUAGCUUGAACACCCAUAUGCAGCAACCGGGCAAGUCCAUCCUCGCUACAAAGGGCGGUGACGGCGCCGCCACCCCUGUCGCGAAGACGGUGUCGACAAACUCGGGCGAUAGACAAGAGGGGGGCGUGGCUAUGAGCGAAAUCAAGGACAUCGACCUCGACGACUUCAUCAAGCGGCUCCUCGAUGCAGGCUAUGCGGGCAAGGUCACCAAGAGCGUGUGCCUGAAGAAUGCCGAGAUCGUAGCCAUCUGCCAACGAGCUCGCGAAGUGUUUCUUUCGCAGCCCGCCCUCCUGGAACUCGAUGCCCCUGUCAAGAUUGUCGGUGAUGUUCAUGGUCAAUACACGGAUAUCCUCCGCAUGUUUGAGAUGUGCGGCUUUCCGCCUUCGUCCAACUACCUCUGCCUGGGUGAUUACGUCGACCGCGGCAAGCAGUCACUCGAGACCAUCCUUCUGUUGCUUUGCUACAAGCUCAAGUUCCCCGAGAACUUCUUCCUGUUGAGAGGAAACCACGAGUGUGCUAAUGUCACCAGAGUCUACGGGUUCUACGACGAGUGCAAGCGCCGUUGCAACGUCAAGAUCUGGAAGACGUUCAUCGACUGCUUCAACACACUGCCCAUUGCUGCCAUCGUUGCCGGCAAGAUAUUUUGCGUCCACGGCGGUCUGUCGCCCGCUUUAAGCCACAUGGACGACAUCCGCAACAUUGCCCGUCCCACCGACGUACCCGACUACGGCCUGCUCAACGAUCUGUUGUGGUCUGACCCGGCCGAUAUGGAACAAGAUUGGGAGGCCAACGAAAGAGGCGUAAGCUACUGCUUUGGCAAGAGAGUGAUACUGGAUUUUCUUGCGACGCACGAUUUCGAUCUAAUUUGCCGAGCACACAUGGUGGUUGAAGACGGGUACGAAUUCUUCAACGAUAGAGUCCUUGUCACAGUUUUCAGUGCCCCCAACUACUGCGGUGAGUUUGACAACUGGGGUGCUGUCAUGUCUGUGUCGAACGAGUUACUCUGCAGCUUUGAGCUGCUUAAGCCGUUGGACUCAAGUGCGUUGAAGAGCCACAUCAAGAAGGGCAGAAACAAGAGGCAGAGCAUGCUUAACAGUCCGCCUGCGCACGUCGAGCCACGAAGCGUUUGAUGAGGCGGCCACGCUGGGGAGAAGAGGGACAGCAAACAAAUCUCCAUUCACUGAUGGAUUAUCACGGAUUACAAUUAGUCGGGCAACCGGGCAGAACAUUGCGGACCAGAACGUUUCAAGGCGAUCAAUACGGACGGCGCAGGCGUCUUGAAUAAAACCCUCGGCAGGUGGAACUCCCCGAAGGAUACGAGCGUCAACUCGAGUCUGGUGACCACGGACGGAUAAUGCCUGCGAAAGGCGUAAUAGCCGAUUCGAGUUAGGGCCAGGUUGGGAUACUUGGCAAAGCCAACCUCCAGCAGGUGCCGUUCGUUGCCAUUCCAGGUCUAUGCACGGGCUUGGACAAGAGCGGGAGGCAGCUGGUAAUCGGGCCAAUUUCUUGGGUAGUAGCAAAAAAGUGCCCAUCAGACGUCGAUUGCUGCUCCCGAGUCUGAUGACGACGGAGGUGGGCUCUUGAUGCCAGCCUGUCGUGGACAGGUAUAACCAUGGGCUAGCGAUACUGCCUAUAUUCAGUUCAUGUACGAACGUUCAUUGAUGAAGGCAUUGGCUAUCGGGAUUUAACAUCUAUACACAAUAUGGUAUUUAGUUAGGUAGUGGUACUGGGAC